AUGGGCUCUAUAGGCUAUUCAACUGACUCCAUCAUCGCUGCCCUUGACGGCAUCCAUCCAGAUCAAUUCUGCGGCGAUGAAGUAGAGCGUCUGCGAGUUCGCGCGGCUGCUCGCCGUCUUUUAGCAAGAGUGGAAUCACCAUACGAAAGGGCCUGGGGUUUAUGCUUUGAGCAUCCUGCUGUAUUUUCUGCUUUACAGACUUGCACCGACCUGGGUAUCUGGAAAACCUGGACUGAAGUUGGCGGUGGGAAGAAGACCAUAGGUGAUCUGGUUGCGAUGUCAAGGAGGGAUAUUGAGGUCAAUCUGCUGCGACGUCUUUUUCGCCUACUGGCAGCCUUUAAUGUUGUCGAAGAAACAGACCAAGACACAUUCAAGCCAACGCCAUUCUCAUACGCCAUAGGCGAUGAGUCCACCAAAGUCCGAGCAUCACUCGAGGCAGCAACUCAGCAUUAUAUCUCAGCUGGCCAAAGCCUCCCCAGAUACCUAGCUAAAAUUGGCUACAAAGAGCCUAAAUCAGCUGAAGACAGCAACUAUGCAGCAAGUGACCCGGAAGGUCUUACCUUCUUUAGUCGACUUCAAAAGAGUCCAGAGUAUUAUGCAGCUUUCACGGGACACAUGGAGGCCUGGACAGCGUGGAAGACGCCAUGGACCAAGAUCUACGACCCCAGCAAGUUGAUGGAUGGCGCCGAUCUGAGUAAACCUCUUGUUGUAGACGUUGGCGGUAACACAGGAAUUGAUAUCUCUCACGUUCUCAAAGCGAGACCUGGUUUACCUGCCGGGUCACUGGUUCUGCAGGACCUCCCAGAGAUUAUUCGAAAGGUUAAUGUCCAUGAAAAAUUUACAGCUCAGGUUCAUGACUUUUUUAAACCUCAACCAGUAAUGGGGAGUCGCGUAUAUUUUAUGCAUGCUGUUUUCCACGACUGGCCUGAUGUCGAAGCUACACAAAUCCUUCAACACACUAGGAAUGCCAUGACCAAAGGCUACUCGAAGCUUUUCAUCUAUGAUAUUGUUCUGCCGCCGAAGGGAGCUAGCAUCAGCCAGGCUACCAUGGAUGUUCAAAUGAUGUCUCUCCUCUCAUCUUCGGAAAGGACCAAGACUCAGUGGGAGAAUUUGUUGGAAGGGACUGGGUUUCACAUUGUCAAGUUUUGGCCUGAUCCACAGCAAUAUGAGAUGCUGAUUGAGGCUGAGGUUGCUUAG